GUAACCAGACAAACCUCCCAGCACAUAGAUGUCCACGAUGUCCACGGGAACGUUUAUUGGGCUGUUGGCAAUAUGUGCCGUCGCUCAGUGCCAGCUCUUUGAUGCUCUGUACACAUACGUCCUGGACAAAGCGGCUAAUACCUCCAUCCCAGUCGUGAGCAGCAGAGAGCCAGUGAAUGUAUCCAUAGGGAUGUCCCUUAUUCAGCUUACGUCACUGGAUUCUAAGUCAGGUGAUGCUGAGAUCGAAACAUGGAUGUCAUUCAGAUGGACAGACACAAGACUGUCGUGGGACCCAACAACUUUCAACGACACGGCUUUUAUCCGUCUGCCGCUAUCUAGAAUCUGGAACCCGGAUGUUAUGCUCUACAACGGACACACAAGUAACAUUGAACCCUUGACUGUGGUGGACGCUAGUGGAGGUGUGAUGUAUUUUCCACCUACCACUUUGAAGACACGGUGUUACGUCGGCAACUACACUAAAGACGGCAGCGUCACUUGCAGAUUUAAAUAUGGAUCGUGGGUGUACGAUGGCUUUCUUCUCAACGUAAUUGAGUCGUCGAACGAAGUGGACCUCUCGAACUACGAGUCGGAUGAGACAGAGUGGGAGUUGACUAAGCAAAAGGUGGAACGUAGGGUCACGCACUAUGCAUGUUGUGAGCAGCCAUUUCCAGACGUAGUCUUCACCUUAAAAUUCAAAGAGAAGGGAAAGCGAAACAGCGUAUGGAACAUAUUUGACUAAUCUCAAAGUUCAAGUUGUCUGGAAGAGAUGAGGUGAGGUGAGGUGAGGUGAGGUGAGGUGAGGUAAGGUGAGGUGGGGUGAGCUGCGAUUCAAUGUCGCGUUCAACAUUACUGCAUUUACAAAGCGCAUGCACGUGUUUGGCUGCUUGUAAUAUUCUCGACGUGUGCCGGCUUUAUAGUAUCAGCCCACUGAGAUAACAUGCAGUGUAACACCUUUGGAACACCGACCUGUCACUCUCCGGACAGACACGCUAUCCACUAGCCCAACUUGGUGUGAUCUGGAAGAUGAACACUGUAUUAUUCUAUUUUCAUUGACCAAUAACUGUUGUUUAUUACACAGCCGUAGACACGGCAGCAAGGCGAUCUAUUGUGAUAUGUUCUAAUCUCAAUGACGAACAGUUCAGUGCCAGGAGAUCGGAAACAACAGACAACUUGACUUCAUCAGUGUCUGGCAGUUCAUGUACAUCUUGUGAUGAUGACUGUCUCCUGUCUUCGUGUUAUAACUAAACGUGCACUACUAAUAUACUCAAUAUAAAAGUGAAGUUUAAAAAUGCAAUAAAUUAUUGAUCAAA